AAAAUUGAAAAUAAGAUCCGAUCGCCUUAUUGAUUGAUGCCUUGAAUUUUCCUCUCUCUCUAAACUCUGUGUCUAAAUGGUGGUGGUGGUAAGUACUAGUUAGAAGAGUCUGAUUCAAUUCAGGGUUCAUUAGCAGCUGAUUUAUUCAAUCUCCAAUGCCUGAUUCCAUCACAAGCAGCAGAAGAAGAAAUCAAUUCCAUAUACCAUCAUCAUCAACAUCAUCAGGAUCGGUCUGCUGCUGUGAUUGUUGUAAGAUUGGCGGUGGUGGAUCUAAUCAAUGGUGAUGUUACAACCAUUUGGAUGUUGUCUUGUCUUUCCUUUUCAAUUUACUGUAACAUCAAAAUCAGUAUCAGCACCGACGGAGAAGAAUAAGAAUAUACUGAGACUAAGAGGGGGAAGAAGAAGACGAUGCAGCUUCAUUUCUCUCCUAGUAUGAGAAGUAUAACCAUUAGUAGUAACCAGUAUGGAUUUUUUGAUUUGAUGAAGAUCAAGAUUGGAGCUCGACACAUUUCUUACCGUACCUUAUUUCAUACUAUACUUUUCUUAGCUUUCUUGUUACCUUUUGUAUUCAUUCUUACUGCUCUUGUUACUCUCGAAGGUGUCAAUAAGUGUUCUUCUCUUGGUGAGUAUUCCCCAGAUCUCCUUGUUUUAAAAUUCAAUUUCGAAGAUCUACAGAUCUUGUUUGUUACUGAUUUUUUUUAUGUUUCGUAUGAAAUAGAUUGUUUGGGGAGGCGAUUAGGACCUAGAUUUCUCGGCAGGGGUGAUGAUUCAGUGAGGCUUGUUCAGGAGUUUUACAAGAUCCUUUACCAAGUGAAUUCUGAAGAUAUCCCAAAUGGAAUCAAGCUGCCAGUGUCAUUUAACCAGCUUGUUACUGAAAUGAAAGACAAUCGUUACGAUGCCAAGACGUUUGCAAUCACUUUAAAAGCCAUGAUGGAGAAGUAUGACAGGGAGGUCAGGCAGUCCAAGUUUGCGGAAUUAAUGAACAAACAUUUUGCGGCAAGUGCCAUUCCAAAAGGCAUUCACUGUCUCUCCUUGCGCUUGACUGACGAAUACUCCUCUAAUGCUCAUGCACGAAGACAGUUGCCAUCUCCAGAGUUUCUGCCGCUGCUCUCUGACAACUCUUACCAUCACUUCGUUCUGGCUUCUGAUAAUAUCUUGGCAGCUGCUGUAGUGGUAUCCUCUGCAGUCCAAUCGGCUAUAAAACCUGAAAAGAUUGUGUUUCAUAUUAUCACUGAUAAGAAGACUUAUGCUGGUAUGCACUCAUGGUUUGCUCUGAACCCUCACUCCCCUGCAAUUGUCGAGGUGAAGGGCGUUCAUCAGUUUGAUUGGUUAACAAGAGAAAAUGUACCAGUUCUUGAAGCUGUGGAAAACUUCCAUGGGAUAAGAAACUAUUAUCAUGGGAACCAUAUUGCUGGGGCCAACCUAAGUGAGACUACUCCAAGGAGAUUUGCUUCAAAGUUGCAGGCCAGGAGUCCAAAGUACAUUUCAAUACUUAACCAUCUCCGGAUAUAUCUUCCAGAGCUAUUCCCUAACCUCGACAAGGUGGUCUUUUUAGAUGAUGAUGUUGUAGUUCAACGUGACUUGUCAGCCUUGUGGGAAAUUGAUCUUAUGGGCAAGGUUAAUGGGGCUGUGGAAACUUGUACAGGGAAAGAUGAGUGGGUGAUGUCGAAGCGCUUCAGGACCUACUUUAACUUCUCUCACCCCCUCGUAGCUCAAAGUUUGAAUCCUGAUGAAUGUGCAUGGGCUUAUGGGAUGAAUAUCUUUGAUCUCCAUGCAUGGAGGAAGACAAAUAUCAGGGAUACCUAUCAUUCCUGGCUUAAAGAGAAUCUGAAAUCGAACAUGACAAUGUGGAAGCUUGGGACACUCCCCCCUGCUCUGAUUGCCUUCAAGGGGCAUGUUCACCCCAUUGAUCCAUCUUGGCAUAUGCUAGGUUUGGGCUACCAGGAAAAAUCGGACAUUGAAAAUGUGAAAAAGGCUGCAGUGAUCCACUACAAUGGUCAAUCUAAACCAUGGUUGGAGAUUGGCUUUGAGCACCUUAGGCCAUUUUGGACCAAGUAUGUCAACUAUACCAAUGACUUCGUAAGAAACUGCCACAUCUUGGAUUCGUGAAAUAUUACAUGUAGAAUACGGGAAAAAGAGAAAGAAGAUCGAGUAAGAUAUAACUGGGAAUGAGGUACCAUUUGUUAUUGUACGUCGGAAGUUCAAGAUUCAGGUAAAAGAUAAAUAAAAGGAAAAGCUGGCCUUGUGGUAUUGCUAUUCGAACUAGAUAGUGUACCAUCUCCCACGCAGUAAGAGCAGCUCUGCAUUGUUUGCAAGGGGUUACUAAGGGCAUUCUUUGAAUCUGUAACAUAGUGCAUCGGAUGCUUUAAUUUUGGAGGAAGAAGAAGGUUUCUUUCUAAUUCUGGUGGUAUAUAUUUGCCCCUGUUUUUUGGCGCUGAAUUCGCUGGGUGUCAGACGACACGCAAUAAGGGUAACAGAUGAACACACACGAUCAUUAGGUGCCAGUUCAGAAUUUUCAUUUGAUGAAAGAACGGCUAUUUUCUUUCGCAAGGCACCCAAAUAUCCCCUUCAUAAUUUUUUUCCUAUAUAAUUUUUUUCCUAUUUUUCUCUUAUUUCUUCCAUUUUGGUCUGGUACCCCAUUUUUUCUACUUAAAUGUGUAUUUUUGUUGGUAAUCUUUAGAUUAGUUGUCAACGGACAUUGCUCUAUUACGGAUCCCAUUGAAUUUGGGGAACUAUUCUUAGGUAUUUGUUACAUUCAUGAGAAUAUUGGAAAUGUGCAGAUAAUUCUUUUCUAGCGGCGA